GCAAGUCUCCACGGUGCUGCCUGGGUUUUCCAGGAGGGUUCCUGGUGGAGGAAAUCCUUGGGGAAGGAUUCAGCCUUGAGUGGAGAGGUGAACUGCAGUGCAAACAGCUCCCCCAAGGUCGCCAGGAGCUGUAGCUCUCCUGCCCCCGUGGGAGUGUGACUGGUAUGGGUAAUGGUGUGAGACAAGGUCCAGCGGAAUUCCAGAGGGAUGUGGAGCCCGUCACGGCCCGGAUUCCGGCAGAGGAUAACCAGGAGAAGAAGAAAGUGCUGAACUCCCUGAUGUCCGGGGCACUGGCUGGAGCUGUGGCUAAAACUGCAGUGGCUCCUCUGGACAGGACAAAAAUCAUGUUCCAAGUGUCUUCAAAAAGAUUUUCUGCCAAGGAGGCCUACAGGCUGAUUUAUCACACCUACCUCAACGAGGGCUUCUGGAGCCUCUGGAGAGGGAAUUCCGCCACCAUGGUCCGGGUGAUCCCCUACGCCGCCAUCCAGUUCUGCGCCCACGAGGAGUACAAGCAGAUCCUGGGGGAUUACUACGGAUUCCAGGGAAAGGCACUGACGCCUUUCCCGCGCUUCAUUGCCGGCUCCCUGGCUGGCACCACGGCUGCCAUGGUCACCUACCCCCUGGACAUGGUCCGUGCCCGCAUGGCCGUCACGCCCAAGGAGAUGUACAGCAGCAUCGUCCACGUCUUCAUCCGGAUAUCCCGGGAGGAAGGGCUGAAGACCUUGUACAGGGGCUUCACCCCCACCAUCCUGGGGGUCAUCCCCUACGCCGGCCUCAGCUUCUUCACCUACGAGACGCUGAAGAAAGUGCACGCAGAGCACAGCGGGAAGGCGCAGCCCUCGCCCCCGGAGCGGCUGCUGUUCGGGGCGUGCGCCGGCCUCAUCGGGCAGUCGGCCUCGUACCCGCUGGACGUGGUGCGGCGCCGCAUGCAGACGGCCGGCGUGCUGGGCCACACCUACAGCUCCAUCCUGCGCACCAUGCGCGACAUCGCCCGCGAGGAGGGACUCAUCCGGGGGCUCUACAAAGGGCUCAGCAUGAACUGGGUGAAGGGCCCCAUCGCCGUGGGGAUCAGCUUCACCACCUUCGACCUGACGCAGAUCCUGCUCCGCCGGCUGCAGCAGGGCCCCGGCCCGCAGAGGUAGUGGCUUCUUGGCAGAAACAGCGAUUGAUUCUUCCCCUGGCCUCUCCUCCACGUGCUCCUGCAGCUGAGAGCUAACUCGCCCAUUCCUUGGGUUUGGUUUUGGGUUUUUUUUUUGGUUCUUUUUCCUGUUCCUGGAUUUUUUUUUUUUUUUUUUUUUUCCCCCCUGUUUUUAAUUCGGAAGCCUAACUGUUCCCUAAGUGAAAAAAUCCCGAUCCUGCAGAGCAGAGUCCUCCAAAGCAGCUGCCUCGCCCUCCUGACGGACUCUGCCCCCAGGAGUGGAGCCUCCCCAUCCCACCUGUGCUGCUCCUGGCUCCUCACCUGGCUCUCCGUGGGCGGAUGGACGCGGUGGAUGAUGGAACAGGGGGCUCGGAGCUGUCGGGAAUGAGCCCCUGGCUCUGGGAAGCGGCAGUUCCGUGGCUCCCUGCCGAGUGCAAUAUCCCAGCGUUGUCCGUAGGGAGUUCCAGCUUCCUGCGGGCUGUGCAGGCAGGGCAGGCCCAGGACACCGCGCUCGUCCCGAAAGCCGCAUGUUUCCUCUGGCUGGGAAUGCUGCCCUUCUUGCGUGGAUUUCCCUUGGUUUUGGGGUCGAGCUGCAUCCGUGUGCCUCGUUCGUGGUGUCCCUCUGAGAUUACCAAAGACUGGAGGCAGCAGAGGAGGGGGGCAGCUCCGAGCCCUCUCCUAGCCGGGAUUUCCCUCUGCGUGUUGUCGGUGUCGCCGAGCGAGGGCCGUGCCUGGAUUCCCAAACCGGAUCCGCUCCAGCCGCGUUUGUGUUUUCCUCCUGUGCUGCCCUGCCCUGGAGAAGGCAGCGUUUUCCAGGCGUGGAAGCGCCGAGGAGGGAGCUGAGCACCCUUCAAAAACCCCGUUUUGUUUUAUUCAGUAUUACCGCUGCUCUAUGCACCGUGUGAGGACAAAUCCUGCUGCGGCCUGGGAUUUGCUCCCCAGGAUUUUUGGGCUGUGCUGUUCCCCCCUCCCAAAAAAAAAAAAAAAAAGCUGUUCCUGGGAGCUGAGCCCAGCUCCUGGACGUCCUGGUUGUCCUUUUUGGUACCUGCUGUGUAGGUGGUGUCACCUCUCUUCAUUAACUCGUCCCCUCGGCUGCGUUAUCCCUAAAGUUCCUCUUGGAAUUCAAUCCUUGUGGGCACCACAGCGCUGAGCCUACAGUGCCAAUCGCUUCCAGCUGGGAUUCGACAAGAAACGCUCGAGAACCUCUCCGUGCUCCUCUUCCAAAUCAGUUUUCGGGGAAAUGGAGAUUGGUUGGUGGAUGCUGCAUCCCUGUGUUAAAUCCAGAGCUGGGAGCAGACUUCGGACUCCUCUGAUGAGCAGAUGACGCAAACCAAGGUGGGAAAAUCCCUUUCCAGAGGGUCCAUAAUGUAAAAGAUAAAAAAAAAAAAAAAGAGUAAGAUUUAGUUUAAGUCCUGUCCUUUCCUGGUGGUUCUGUAUUUUAGCUGUCCCAGCCAGGUGGGAAUGGCAGGAAUUGCACGAGGGGGCAGGAGCAGCCUUCUCCUUCCCUUUUUGUCUUUGCACUUCUUUGGAGCAUGAACCUGCUCCCCAUGCCAAAUACUUCCUUAGGAAUCAGGGAAUGUGGGAACGGCGCUGGAGUGUUGGCACACAGAUUAUUCCCAGGGCUGGGAUGGAACUGGGAUUUAGCCCCAGGAAUUCUGCUCCCGAGCCCAGCAUUCCCCGAUUCACCUGGGAAUUAACGAUCCCCGGGGUUUGGGGCGGCUCUGGAGGUGAUGGCCACGAGUUGUGUGUCGUUUUUGGGGGGGCUGCUGGAAAAGGCUCAGCUCUGCUUCCCUCCCUCGGCCCCCCCAUUUCUUUUCUCCAAUGGAGAAGCCGAUUAUCCUGCUCCUGUCCCGAUCCAGAGGGAGGAAUUCCCGUGGCACUUCCCGCAGUCUUCACGUCCCCCUCUCCUGUCCCCUCCGAGCUGGGGAAAGCUGGAAUUCCGGGAAAGGUUGUUCCUUAAUUAGCAGCUGAUUUCAAUCCAGCGGAAUUCCAGCCCGUCUUCCCGUGGAUUUUGCAGGCUGGGUGUUGGUCCGGGAGCAGAUCUUUGAAUUCAGCCUCUGAUGGUUUUGGUGCUUCUGUUCCUCAGAGCGUGUUGCUGCUUUGGGUGGGUUUAAAAAGAUUUUAUUUUCCCUUUUUGUUGUUGUUGUUGUUGUUGUUUUGAAUGUGGAAAAGGGGAAACAGAGCGUUCCCUUCCCUUCCCUUCUCUUCUUCCCUGCAUGGAUCCCGAAACGUUCCAGAUCUUUUUCCUGAGGGGUGCAGGCCAGGAAGAGCUCUGAGAAAAGAAAAACUCAAAACAGGAGUUUUUCCCUUUAUUCCCUUUUUUUUUUUUUUUUUUUUCCUUUCCUGCAACUCCCUGAUUUUUCAUUUUAUUCCUCUCAGAUUUGAUUUCCCACUCACCUUCCUCACGGAUCCUUAAAGCAUCACUACCGAUUUUGUGCUUUUUGUUUGUUUGUUUGUUCGGUUUUUUUAUUUUCCUCUCCCUCCUCCUGCUUCUUCCUGCACCUUGAGCCCCGCACUGGCACUUCGAGAAAACCAGGUCCAAAAAAAAAAAGCACCCAAAAUGUGGAAACUGCAGCUUUCCAGCCCUUCUCAAGCGGCCCAGCCGCCUUUUCCCCUCACAGCCCGGGUGCUCCAGGAAUUUCUGGCGCCGCGGGCUGGAUUUGGGGAAGUUUCCUGAGCUCCUCGUCUGGUGUGGAGUCUUCACUUUAUUCCUUGAAGGGGCUGAUUCCUUCCUUUUUUCCCCUCCCUUCCUUUUUCCCCUCCCUUUUUUUUCCCCUUUUCCCCCCCCUUUUUUCCCCCCUUUUUUUUUCCUUUUUUUCCCCCCUUCUUUUUUCCCCCUUCUUUUUUCCCACCUUCUUUUUUCCCUUUCUUUCCCCUUUUCUUUCCCCUUUCCCCCUUUUC